GAGCUGAACCAUGUAAAGAGGAAGUAAAUAAAGAUGGAAAUUCUUUAAACUUACUAUGUAAAAAGCCUGGUCAUCUUUAUCAAAUUGACUUAGAUAAAUGUUUUGCUCAUUUAGAGAGAUUCUCCAUAACUAGAGAACAUAGACCAAAAGAAAGGGAUAACUUAUUUAAUACACCAGAAAAAAUAGAUGCUACUUCCCUUCCUCCUAUUGAGGCUUUUGACAGUAUUCUUAACAAAUCUAAAUGCUCAGAAAAAGCCUAUAAAAUAGCACAGGAGGUAUGGGAAUCUUUUGAUAUAAAAACAUUCAGAGAUUAUCACGACUUUUAUCUUAAUCUUGACAUACUAUUAUUAGCAGAUUGUUUAGAAGGAUUUUGCAAAUUAAUGAAAGAAGGUAUUUCAAUGGUAAGUAAUCAUCAAGUUAAAGCUAAUAACCCACAAUAUCCUGAUUUUGUUCCAGAGUCAGAAGAAGUCAUGAAAAAACUCUAUACUUGGCUAUUAUAUAUUGAUGCUAAUGCAUUAUAUACUGGAGCAAUGAUACAAUCUAUGCCAACAGGGGGAUAUAGAUGGAUAACACCAGAUGAAACUCCAGACCUUUUUAAUAAAAUUACCAAGUGGGAGAUCUCUGAUAAUGCAGAAAAAGGCUAUAUUUUGGAAGUUGAUCUUGACUAUCCAUAUAAAUUACACAAAGCUCAUACUUCAUAUCUUUUAGCUCCUGAAAAUAUUGAGAUUUCUAAAGAGGAAAUGAGUAAGUGUGGACAAGAGAUUAUUAAUGAUUUAAAACAUUAUACAAAGACAAAGAAACUUAUUCCAAAUCUUAAUAAGAAAAAGUAUAUAGUUCAUUAUCGAAUGAAGCCUUUUAUGAAAGAAUUGGCAAGAUCUCGUACUUUAGCUAAGAAUGAUUUCGAGAAAAAUAUAUAUAAGCUCCUUGGAAAUGCAAACUAUGGAAAAACUGUAAAAAAUGUACGCAAAUAUCAAAGAAUAGAUUUUGUUAAACCAGAAGAAGAAUCGAAAAAGUUUAAAAAAUUAGUAGCUGAUCCCAGUUAUAAGUCGUAUAGAAUUUUAGCAGAGAAUUUAGUAGGUAUUUCUCGUCAUCAAUCAAAAGCUAGACUUAGUAAACCUAUCUUUAUUGAUAAUAUAGAAGUAGCAUAUACGGAUACUGAUUCUUUUAUAUUACUUAUUCGAACUGAGAAUGUUUAUAAAGAUAUGGCAGAGAUGCAUGAACAUUUUGAUUUUAGCGAUUAUAAGCUGGAAUAUCCUAUAUACAAAGCUCUCAGAAAAGAAAAAAUUAUUUUGAAUAAAAAAGUUCCUG